CGCUCCACACUUUCUUCCCCUGCGAAGAAAAGUGCUUCCCCACGAGGAGAGACGCUUGCUGGGCGCUUCCCACCCCCAAGAGCUUUCCCGGGCCUGGCAGCCUCUUCCCCGCAACCCCAUGCUGAGCCAGUCCCCCCGGCAGUAAGUUAGCGCCCCACCCCACCCCACCGGCCGGCAUGCUGCUGCCUGUCUUAGCGGGGCUCGCUUUCUCCGCGUGGGGGGCAGCGGGCGCCCAGGAGAGCCCCCCGGGGAGCCGCUUCGUGUGCACCUCGCUGCCUCUGGAUGCCGCCAACCCGGGCUGCCCGCUGCCCCCCAUCCCCAUGCAAGGGGGCGGGCUGCUGCCCCCCGAGGAGGAGCUGAAGGCCACCGUGCUGCAGCUGCGGGAGACGAUCCUGCAGCAGAAGGAGACCAUCGGGAACCAGAGGGAGGCCAUCCGCGAGCUGACCGCCAAGCUCGGCCGCUGCGAGACCCCCGACGGCAAAGCGGGCACGUGGAGGAAGGAGUUCGGCAAAGGCAAGGACACCAUGGGCGACUUGCCCCGCGACCCCGGCAAGAUCAUCGACCAGCUCAGCCGCACGAUGCAGACGCUCAAGGAUCGCCUGGAGAAUCUGGAGCAUCAGCUCCGAGCGAACGUGUCCUAUACAGCGCUGCCUCACGAUCUCCGAGAGAUGCUUCAGAGGAGGCUGGGAGAUCUAGAGCGCCAGCUUUUAAGCAAAGUGGCAGACCUGGAGAACGAGAAAUCCCUGCUUCAUAAUGAGACUUCCACCCAUCGGCAAAGGACAGAGGCAGCCUUGAACGCCCUUCUUGAAAGGGUUUCUGAACUAGAAAGAGGUACCAGCGCCUUCAAGUCGCCGGAUGAAUUUAAAGUCUCCCUCCCUCUCCGCACCAACUACCUGUAUGGGAAGUUCAAGAAGACAUUGCCUGAGCUGUAUGCCUUCACUGUGUGCUUGUGGCUGAAGUCGAGUGCCUCUCCGGGAAUAGGGACACCCUUCUCCUACGCUGUCCCUGGGCAAGCUAAUGAAGUGGUGCUGAUCGAGUGGGGGAACAACCCCAUUGAGCUGCUCAUUAAUGACAAGGUCGCCCAGCUCCCGCUCUUCAUUAGCGAUGGAAAAUGGCACCACAUCUGUGUGACGUGGACCACGAGGGACGGAAUGUGGGAAGCUUUCCAGGAUGGAGAGAAGCUUGGGACAGGGGAUAAUUUAGCUCCUUGGCACCCCAUUAAGCCAGGGGGGGUUCUGAUCCUUGGUCAGGAGCAGGACACUGUUGGAGGAAGGUUUGAUGCAACUCAAGCUUUCGUUGGGGAGAUGAGCCAGUUCAAUAUAUGGGACAGAGUCUUGAAGCCUGAAGACAUCAUGAAUAUUGCUAACUGCUCCACCAACAUGCCGGGCAACAUCAUCCCCUGGGUUGACAACAACGUGGAUGUGUUUGGAGGUGCAGCAAAAUGGCCCGUAGAGACGUGCGAAGAGCGUUUGCUCGAUUUAUAGCCAUGACCAUAACCCAUUGAAGUGCCCCAUUUUUCUUAAGACAAUCUCUUGUGAGGUCUGAUGCUCUGAUGCCCCUAUCUGCUUCCUUUAAUUAGUGUUAAUUUUAAUUACCCCUUAGUAAACUCACUGCCAGGGUACCAGUGAGAGGCACAGUUCUCCACAAGUGCUUGCAUCAGCUUCACUUAAAUAGUUGGGAGGUGGUGUACAAGACAAGGGUUCCCAAACUGGUCUGCAGGCCACCAGUGGUCCAUGAGCUUCAUCCAGGUGGUCCAUGACAUGUCUGCAAUAAUGCCAUUAAAAAAAUCACACAACAACUAGCUCAGUGCACUGCAAUUGCUAGAGCAGGCAGAACAACCCUUAAGUGGUUCACCAGGACCCUCAGCAAUUUUCAGAUGGUCCAGGGGUGGGGGAGUUUGGGAAGCAUCUGUACACUGUUAUGCCCUCAACGUGUCCAUCUUUGAUUCUGCUCAGCGGAGCUCCUGCAGAAGAGGUUUGUGGCCAAUUCUGUCUGUUACUUGCAUGGGUUCCUGGCACGAAUUUCCAAAACCAUCAAGCUCUCAGACUUGAGAGCAGUAGAUAGUCCCAUGUAUCAACGUCCAAAGCUUACUUCUAUCCCUCUGGCAGAAACCCCAUGUCCCGUGCAAAUACUUUGUCCCUGCUUAGUGACAGAAUGUGUCCCCUCCUAACAGCACAUGGUGUCAAAUAAAGCACAAACGUCGUAGGGGUUAAGUGUAAGGACUUACAUGCAAUUUGGUCGUCGCAAUAGAUUCAUGCUGUUUCCCACUGAAACUGUAAUGCCCAUCCCUGUGUUUGCAGUCAAAUGGAGGCAUGAGAGCACUUGUGGGGCUGAAGUGAAGGAUGGGAAACGGGACGUUCCUUAAAGCAGGAGUGAAUUACUUCCUGUGGCCCUCUGGGUUUCCCUAAAUGGCCCUAUGGAAAUAGCACAAGGCCUUGUCUUUCUAUUUUUGUGCCCACUUCAGGCUGUAGGCAGAGUUCCAAAUUUCUGGAGGAUCCCGUCAUGUGAGAAGGAAACUGUGUCAUGGAGAAAAGGGCUAUUGAUGGCUGCUAGCCACAAUGGUUGUAUUGUCCACCACUGGCAUAGAUGCAGGAUGCCUCCGAAUGCCGGUUGUUGGGGACCCCAAGUGGGGGGGAGAGAGAGGCUGCACUCAGGUCCCACUUUGGGGCUUCUUGCAAUCUGCUUUGCCACCGUGGGAAGAGGGCUAGUGGCCUGAUCCGGCAGGUGUGGGGGUGUGCGGGUGGAGUUCUCUGUGUAAGGCACAGGUUUAUUGGGGAGUAAUCCAUCAAGUGAUUUACCACAGGACCACAGGACCACUGGCGCCAGUCUGUCUGUUUACACAUCUUCCUUGUUGGCAUGAGUGAUGUAUGUGUUAAUGGUUAAUGUAUUUUACGAGGGGAGAAAUCCUUAAUAAAGAAGAGCUGGGGCUGGGAGGAAAGUCAGCACUUCGCUUGGCACUUCGCUCAGAGCUCUCUCAGUACUUGUCUGUGUACUUUUUGCAUCUGUCUCGCACCUUUGCCGGCUGGCUAUUCCGACAGGCAGGCUCUGCUUAUAGAACUCCAGCUUAUCAGGGUUUUGGGUUUUUGUUGACCUUCCUUUCGCUUUUGAUUUCCACAUGCAAAUUGUUGUUGUUGUUGUUUUUUAAAAUACUAGCAGUAUUCAAACAUGUGGCAUACGCAGCCUGCAGUCUGAAAUGGUCUGUAGCACGAAGGGCAAUAUGAUAUUCUGUUUCUGCACUUCUGAAUCGUAUCAAGGAAGGGGUAAAAUUAAAUGUGCCUAUUGCCCUGGUUCAAUGGGACGGGGACUGGAACUUUGAUGCAGGCAUAAGCUGCCCUGUUCCCUGUUCUUUUUCCAGUGGAAGAAGCAGACCUGUGAGCUCACCCUACCUUUACGUCAGGUGUCCUCCUUUGCGACUAGGGAUUGGGGGGGGGGAAAGAGAUUUGAUUCCCUUUGCACUUAAAGGGGAGCCAAGCUAAUUCACACUUUCGGAAACAAUCUACAAAUUGAAACACAGCCGUCCUUUGAAAUCCACUCUUCUCUGAAUUUCGCAGCGCAAUUCUCCAGCCAAGGAAUGUGUACAGAAAUGCAUCUGCUAGGGUAAAGGAUGCAUAAAAAUAUUCCUAUCACUGAAAACAACAUUUGAAAUGCAUUAUAUUAGAGGGAAUUGCUUUGCAAAAACAUGUCUGUUGCACAUACUAGUUGCAUACAAACAUGUAUAUUCAGAGGAAUAUGGUGGAUUUUCAUGAGGACUUUUUUUAAAAAAAUGCAAAGCGCUGUGGAAAAUGCGGAUAACUUACUUUAAGAUCGGAAGUGAGAGGCUGUGAGAGAACUAGAAUUCUGCAGCAGUUUGCGGAAUUGUUUUUUUAAAUGCUCAUGAAAAUCCACCAUUUUAGUGCAAAUUUCUCCUAAUAAUCAAAUUUUGGUAUGCAGUUUUGAUUCAUGUGCACAUUUUUGCAAGCAAUUCCUCCUAAUAAAAGGCAUUUUGAAUGCAUUUGUUUUUGUGCACACUUUCCCCUAAUAUAUGCAUUUUUGUAAACGUUGGUUGGAGAACCCUAUUGCAACAUUCAAAUAGCUGCAAAAGCUGUGUUUCGGUUAUAUUGUUUGGGAGGUGCGAAUUUAAUAGAUUCGGCUUCAGAUGAAAACUGAAUUGGAUUUCUCCACCAUCCCUGGUUAGAAGUAAAUCCAAAUAUGGCUAUGACAGGUUGUGAAUCUUGAGGAACGUUGCAGCCCUCCUUUCACACUUCCUCUUCAGAGUACAUCAUUUACAGUUGUUCUAAAGCCCUUAGGCAAUAGUUAGGAUCUCUAAGUAAACCCAGUCACAGAGAGAGCCCAAACCUUUGCUAACAGGAUCCUGACCUCCCCUUUCCUCAGACUCCAGCCCCUGUGUUUUGGUAGUCGUUCCUUUAAAUAAAUAAAUAAAUAAAUAAAUAAAGCACUUUUUAAACGCUAUGGUAACUUUGUCUUAAUAUUGCAUCAUUCAGGCCCUUAAAAAGCAAAAGAUAUGCACUAUUUACAUUGCAAAAAGUGUUGCUGUACCGCUGAGAAACGGGCAACACCUUUCUUGGUUUUGUUCUUGUGUGUGUUUGUGAUGUAGUACAAUGUAUAGGAGUCAGUUUUGUGGUAUGCCAUUUCACUCCAGCCUCGCAGGAAAGUUUUAGCAGCAGCAGCACCUACCCUGGAUUUACUCCUGAGUAAGCCCCUCUGAAAUGAACCUUAGAAGGUGGUAGACUCUCCUUCCUUGGAGGUUUUUAAGCAGAGGCUGGAUGGCCACCUUCAAGGAUGCUGCAGCAGCAGAGGAUUUCCUGCAUCGGACAGGGGGUUGGAUAAGGUUACAUUUGAGGGCCAGUUGUGCCAAGAACUUGGUGGUGCCCUUCCGCAGCUCCCCGCCCCAUUCAUUUCAAUGGAGGCUUGUGCAGGAGAGCUGUUCAAAUGGAUUGUGCCAUGCAUUUUUGUUUUUGUUUUUCAUUUUAUCUGACCAAAUUUAUAUACUGCUUGAUUGUAAAUAGGACUUUACGAAAAACAAAACAUUAAAAUUU